CUGGUCGUGGGCGGGCCCGGGAGCGGCAAGGGUGUCCUCUGCCGCCGCCUCGUCGACGAGUGCGACGUCUCGCACGUCAGCUGCGGCGACCUGCUCCGCUCCGAGGUGGAGGCAGACACGCCGCUCGGCCGCGAGGUGGCGGGCAUCAUGCUCCGCGGCGAGCUCGUCUCCUCGGCGCUCAUCGUCACUCUGCUGCGCCGCCGCAUGCGCUCCUUCGGCGGGCGGCGGCUGCUGCUCGACGGCUUCCCGCGCUCGCGCGACAAUGCGAUCGACUUCGAGGCGCAGUGCGGCCGGCCGGAGCUGGCGCUGCACUUGGUCUGCGACGAGGAGAAGAUGCUCGAGCGGAUCCUGCGCCGCGCGCAGACCGAGGGGCGCGCAGACGACACGCGCAAGGCGGCUGUGCGGCGCAUCGCCGUCUACCGCCAGCAGAGCGAGCCUACUCUCGAGUGGCUGCGA